CGGACGGGCGGCCAGCAGGCGGCGCACAGCCGGGCAGCAGCAUCCAUCCCGUGUGUGCCUGACAGCGGUUACCUCGGCGUGACGUCAGGAUGCUGCUGGCAGGGGGUUUAGGGAACAGACCCUGCCCACUCCCACCUCCCCUGCUCCUCACACUGUGUGGGACACACAAGGGGGCAGGUCUGCCACACCAAGCCAGGCUGCACUAAACUUUCUACUCAACUAUUCUAACUACUUUUUUUUUUUUUUUUCCCCUUGUUGUACAUCUGACGCCCGGAGUUUGCGGGAUGGUUCCACUGGUCAACUAGAGACUGGAGGAGAGGAAACUGCCAGUGUGACUCAGUAUCACUGCUGCUCUGAAGCUGGUGCUCCCGGAGAGCCACACACUGCACUCACCAGCCACAAUUGUAAAGGUAGAGGCAGCCCGAGUAGGUAGAGCAUCAGAGCAGCAGCAGCGGGCUGACAAAGGGCUCUUUGUACAGGAGGUGGAGGAGAAGCAGCAGGCGGCUAGGGGGCUGCCAGGCAGCCCCUUCCCUCAGCCACAUUUGCCCACCUCACUUCCACUGGGCUGCUGCUGCUGCUGUGCUAGCUGAGGGACUCUGGAUGCUCUGCGAGUCUCUACAAUGCAGUAUCGGAAACAAUCAGUGGGGAUGUCCCGGAGCAGGAGGCAGGCGGAGGGACUUGGAUCUGUCCUUCUGGGACUGCUGACAUCGUACACGGUGCUGGCGCAUCUGGCUACAGGUGAAAUUGAUUUACCAAAUUCAAAUGAGCCUUUGGGACAAGUGGAUAACCAUGACAGGCUUGUACCAACUCCUAGGGGACACUUUCUGAUAUUUCUGGAACCUGUAAAUAACAUCACAAUCGUGCAGGGUCAAACAGCUAUUCUACACUGCAAGGUGGCAGGAAGUCCACUCCCCAACGUGAAGUGGCUGAAGAAUGAUGCUCCAGUGGUGCAAGAGCCCAAAAGAAUCACCAUCAGAAAAACAGACUAUGGCUCUCGGCUGAGGAUACAAGACCUGGACACAACGGACACAGGCUACUAUCAGUGCGUCGCCACUAAUGGGAUAAAGACAAUCACUGCAACCGGUGUUCUUUUCGUCAGGCUAGGACCAACACACAGCCCGAACCCUAACAUUCAGGAUGACUAUCAAGAAGAUGGGUUUUGUCAGCCCUACAGGGGCAUUGCUUGCGCCAGAUUUAUUGGAAACAGAAGCAUUUAUGUGGAUUCCCUCCAGAUGCAGGGGGAAAUUGAAAACCGAAUUACAGCGGCAUUCACCAUGAUUGGUACAUCCACCCAUCUCUCUGACCAGUGCUCCCAGUUUGCUAUCCCAUCUUUCUGCCAUUUUGUGUUCCCACUAUGCGAUGACCACUCCCGCACCCCAAAGCCAAGAGAACUGUGUCGGGAUGAGUGUGAAGUGCUUGAAAAUGACCUGUGCCAUCAAGAAUACAACAUUGCUCGCUCCAACCCCCUAAUACUGAUGCAGCUUCACCUUCCGAAUUGUGAGGAGCUUCCGCUGCCUGAGAGCCCUGACGCUGUAAACUGCAUGAGAAUAGGAAUCCCGAUGGAGAGAAUGAACAGAUAUCAGCAAUGCUACAAUGGCACCGGGGUUGAUUACCGAGGGUCAGUCAGUGUCACCAAGUCUGGGCAUCAGUGUCAACCAUGGAACAGCCAGUUUCCACACAACCACCAGCUGUCCACUGCUGACUAUCCAGAAAUUGGCGGAGGGCAUGCAUACUGCCGUAACCCUGGAGGCCAGAUGGAGGGUCCCUGGUGUUUCACCCUUAACAAGAACGUGCGCGUAGAGUUGUGUGAAGUGCCUGCUUGCCGAAGCAGAGAAAACACAAAGAUGGAAAUCUUGUACAUAUUGGUACCCAGCAUUGCAAUCCCUUUGGUCAUCGCUUGCCUCUUCUUCCUAGUCUGCAUGUGCCGUAAUAAACAGAAAGCAUCAGGCGCCACCCCUCAGCGACGUCAGCUAAUGGCCUCCCCCAGCCAGGACAUGGAGAUGCCCCUGAUGAACCAACACAAGCAACAGGUCAAAGUGAAAGAGAUAAACCUCUCUACUGUGAGGUUUAUGGAAGAGCUGGGAGAAGAUCGUUUUGGAAAAGUGUAUAAGGGACAUCUGUUUGGUACUGCCCCUGGGGAACAAACCCAGACCGUUGCUAUAAAGACACUGAAAGACAAAGUUGAAGUAGCUCUUCGAGAAGAAUUUAAGCAUGAAGCCACAAUGAGAUCCAGGCUGCAACAUCCGAACAUUGUUUGCCUUCUUGGUACUGUGACCAAGGAGCAGCCUAUGAGCAUGAUAUUUAGCUACUCCCCACUCAGUGAUCUCCAUGAGUUCCUAGUCAUGAGAUCCCCACACUCUGAUGUUGGUAGCACAGAUGAUGACAAAACUGUGAAGUCCACUUUGGAACCAGCUGAUUUCCUCCAUAUUGUGACUCAAAUAGCUGCAGGAAUGGAGUACCUUUCUAGUCAUCAUGUGGUACACAAAGAUUUGGCAGCCAGAAAUAUUUUAGUCUUCGAUAAACUGGCUGUUAAGAUUUCUGAUCUUGGUCUCUUCCGAGAAGUGUACUCUGCUGAUUAUUAUAAACUAGUGGGCAAUUCACUGCUCCCUAUAAGAUGGAUGUCCCCAGAAGCCAUUGCAUAUGGCAAGUGCACCAUUGAUUCUGAUAUCUGGUCCUAUGGAGUAGUGUUGUGGGAAAUCUUCAGCUAUGGUCUGCAGCCAUUCUGUGGGUAUUCUAACCAAGAUGUCAUUGAAAUGGUAAGGAACCGCCAGUUGCUGCUUUGCCCAGAUGAGUGCCCAGCCUGGAUAUAUUCCGUCAUACUCGAAUGCUGGAAUGAGUUUCCAGCUAGGAGACCGAGAUUUAAGGACAUUCACACCAGACUAAGAACAUGGGAAAACAUGUCUAACUACAACAGUUCUGCCCAAACAUCUGGAGCAAGUAAUACCACACAGACAAGUUCUCUUAGUACGAGCCCAGUUAGCAAUGUCAGCAAUGCCAGGUAUGUUGAACUUAAGCCCAAAGGGAGGCCAUUUCCACAGCCACAGUUUUUACCAAUGAAAGGACAGAUUAGACCAAUGGUGUCACCUCCUCAGCUCUACAUUCCAGUCAAUGGCUAUCAACAGAUGGCUGCUUAUUUUUAUCCAGUCCAAAUACCAAUGCAAAUGGCUCCUCAGCAAAUGCAACCACAAAUCAUCCCAAAGCCUGGGUCUCACCAUAGCGGGAGCGGCUCCACCAGCACUGGAUACGUAACGACUGCACCCUCAAACAAUUCCAUGGCUGACAGAGUCGCCCUCCUUGCCGAUGGAAGUGAUGAGGCACAUCUAACAGAAGAAAACAUGUCACAAAGCCGUAUUCAAGUGGAAGAAGAAGGAUCUGUUCCAGAGACGGAAUUGCUGGGUGAUAAUGAUACAUCUCCAUUAGACGAAACAGAUAUUCAGUCAGAAGCUUAAAACCUGCUGUCCUUAUGGAAGACUUCUUCAUGACUUGAAUAGUAAAACUAACUGAAACAAAAAAAUUCACAUGGUGCCAUAAUUCAAGCUCAAGCUAGAGCUAUGUACACUAGUUUAUUCUUCCAUGGUGUUGACGGCAGCAACACACAGAAUAUUGGACAGGGACACUACUUUUGUAAUAAAAUGUAAAGUACUGUUGCUGUGCAACAUACAGCCUAGUACCAGAGCACAACUUGUGUAACCCAGACUGUGAUUGUACAUUUGGUAAACAUACAUGCCAAUAUUUAGGGAACAAAGAGAGGACAAUGUAUUGGACUAUGUAAAAAAAAAUGUCCUUACUAUCCCUGCACUGUAUCCUACAGGGUGUGCCACAGCGGCAAGUGAUUACCUACAGAGACGUGAACUGUAACAAGAUGGAGUGUCACAUAGGUCCGCUUUUGAGAAUGGAGAGAAUGUCCUUUGUAUUGGUUCAUUUUCACCAAGUGCAAUUGAUCCCUAUACAUGAUGUACCAUGCACUAACUAAACUUGUGAGUGGAAGACUUUGGAGAUCUGUUUUUUAAUUUUCCAUUUUAGUUUAGUAUUUAACUAUGCUUAAAAAGAAAUAUAAACUGCUGAAGCAGCUACAAAGAUAUUUGUCUGAUAUGAAGACCUUUGCAAAACUCUCUUUAGGACAAAAAGAAGUAUUUCGUUUGAAAGUGAAAUAAAACAGCAUUACAUCGGGUGCUGUUUUGGUUGUUGCCUUAAAUCAUGUACAGUCGUUUAAGUGUAAUUUAUGUUUUCUCAUCUUUUAUAUACAUUUUUUUUUUAAAUGAAGCAUUUUGAUCAGAAGAAUGCCUUUGUAAUUUAACUGUUUACAUUAUCCUCCUUGGAUACAGUUUAUUGUAAAAUUUCUGUGUUUUAAAUAUAAAUGCCUAAACAGGUCAAUUCAUUUCAUGCCUUUGUUCCUCACAAAGUGCGAUUUUUGUUGUAUCACGGUUCUGAGAUUUUAAUAAAGGUUAUGCAGAAA